AUGUCUCGUGUUCUCUGGACGGCCCUUGAAAAACCAGGGAAGGCUAUUAAUCUGUGCUGCAUCGUACCGAUAUCCGCAUCAGGUCUCCAAGGUAUGACGAAAGUCCGUGGAAGUAACGGAAAAACCUCGUCUGGCGACGGUUCGGACAGCAAAUAUGUCGUUGUCGACAUUGUAGCUUGGAUGAACUGUAUAAGGCCGAGAGGACCGAAAUUUUCGGUCAACCGCAAGCAAGUUCUCAAGCUUCUCGAUCAAGCGGUGGCUAAGGACGAUAAGGAGCGCAAGAAGCUCCAAGAACGGGUUCAUGAGCUGGAGCAUGAACUGGAAAAACUCAAGUUGGAGAAGGAUAAGCCAGCCGCGGAAGGAGGGGUUCCUACCCCUCCUAAGAAAAAGAGACGCCAAGAACCUGCUGCAUCUGAGAAUGCAUAA